AGUGAAAUAUUAGCUUCAAAGAUGGGUUGGGGAUUUCCAAAACAAGGGUGGACGAAAGGUCCAUGGACUCCUGAAGAGGAUAGGUUGCUUAGUGAAUAUGUCAAGUUGCAUGGGGAGGGAAGAUGGAGCUCUGUGUCCAAGAGUACAGGUUUGAACAAGAGUGGCAAGAGCUGCAGGCUAAGGUGGGUGAAUUAUCUUAGGCCUGGGCUCAAGAAAGGCCAAUUAACACCUCUUGAGGAAGGCAUUGUAGUUGAAAUGCAUGCUCUCUGGGGUAACAGGUGGUCAACCAUUGCUAGAUACUUGCCUGGAAGAACAGACAAUGAGAUAAAAAAUUACUGGAGAACCCAUUUCAAGAAGAAAGGCAAAUCCUCUAAGCAAGAUAUGGAAAAAGCACAAACUCUAAAACAAAAACAACCACCAAAGAAACAGGAGCAGGAACCACAAGAAGAUAGCAUGAAAAGGGAAACAAUAUCUGAUGAAGACACAAGUGGUGAACAGAUGAGUAGUGAAGUACAGGAAAAACAAGAGAAGUUUGUCAUACAAGAGUACCCCACUAUGGAGGACCAAUGCUUUUCUGUGAUGUCUCAAGAUGUUGCAUCAUGGUUGGAUACAGUUAGAGAGGAUGACUUCUGUUUUAGCCUGUGGAACCUUGACGAUCCAAAGGGUGACCUGGAUCAUGAUCAUCAACCUACUGGUUUUUCUUGUGGAAUUGAUUCAAGAAACUUCUACAAUAAUGGAGAUUUCAGGCUAGCUGAUGAACCACAGGGCCGGCCCAACUUAAUUUAG